UGGCAACACAGUUCAGGUACGUGGUAGGUGGAGGAACGCCACUCCGCCCGUCACCAACCUUCGUUCUGCAAAUCCUUCGUAUCGCCUGGGCGCGCCAUUCGACCGGACGAAGAAUAUUCUCCUGUUCUGCAAGUGUGUGCAUGGUAUGGCCAGUUCAAUCAGUGCACGCACCAGCGCACGGCAUACUCUGUCGGUUUCUCCAUUAUCUUCAGUUCGAUCAGCACAGACUUCACAGUUAGCGAUAAGAGCUGCAAACCCACUCUUCCCUUGUGCCAAACUCUCUCAAGCUCGUGCCGUGGUGGCAGCACCAAUGAAGGUCUCCAAGCACCCUUCCUCUUCUUGUUUAGCCAACCGCCAGCCUUCGAAAGAGGUUCUUGAGACAUGGCGCAGUGCCGAUGCGGUGUGCUUCGAUGUGGAUAGCACUGUAUGCUUGGAUGAGGGUAUUGAUGAGCUUGCUGAUUUCUGUGGGGCUGGGCAGGCAGUAGCUGAGUGGACGACAAAGGCAAUGACAGGGACCGUUCCAUUUGAAGAGGCUCUUGCUGCCCGGAUUUCGUUAAUCAAGCCAUCUCUGUCCCAAGUUCAGGACUGUUUGGAGAAGAGGCCGCCCAGGAUUUCUCCUGGAAUCGCUGAUUUGAUUAAAACGUUAAUAGCUAAUAAUACUGAAGUGUUCCUUGUGUCAGGAGGUUUCAGACAAAUGAUUGAGCCUGUGGCAUUUGAGCUUGGCAUUCCUACUGAAAACAUCAUAGCGAACAGACUGCUAUUUGGUACAUCCGGAGAGUAUGCUGGAUUUGAUACCACAGAACCCACUUCUCGAAGUGGGGGUAAAGCAGUAGCAGUGCAACAAAUAAGACAGGAUCGUGGUUACAAGACGCUGGUUAUGAUUGGAGAUGGUGCAACUGAUCUUGAGGCUCGGCAGCCUGGUGGAGCAGACUUGUUCAUCUGUUACGCUGGUGUCCAGAUGAGAGAAGCAGUUGCAGCCAAAGCUGACUGGACCGUCUUUGAAUUUCAAGAGCUAAUUUCUGAAUUGCCGCAGUUAAAUACCUCACAGUGAUUCUGAAUAUUACAGUGUUCACACCGUGAAAGAUCGGAUGUUCUCAAACUUGUGUUUAGCUGCAUUACUUUAUUUCACAUUUCCAUCAUUCCUUUGAUGAGAUGGUGCUUGAGCUGGAGCUCAAAUUUAAUGGUUUCAUUUCUGAAACCUGGUGGUUAUGUUUUUUUUUUUCUUUGCAGGGUUGGUGGUUAUGUAUCUGGUACGGAAACCCGAUGGUUAUGUAUCAAUAUUGAAAUUUUUAUAGUUAUGUAUUGAUAUUGCAAUUAUUUAAA